AUGCAUGCUUCUGCCAGCGUUAUUGCAGAAUUUAUCAAAGAGAGGUUUAGAGAAGGAAAAUGUCCUAUACCGAAGGAAAUAAUGAACAUUGUGAGUAUAGAGUUGGGAUGUGAUGUUAGUUACUGGACAUGCUGGAAGGCCAAGCAACUUGCACAAAAUAUGAUAUGGGAAACACCGGAACACGGAUACGCGGCACUGAAAGCAUAUCAGUACAAGAUUGAAAAAGCAAAUGAAGAUAGCUUUACGACUUUGGAGGUUCAAGGUGGCAGAUUUUUAUAUUUUUUUGUUGCCUAUGGGCCAUGCAUAAGAGGAUUUAAGAACAUAAGAAAUGUCCUCGCUAUGGAUGAGACUUUUUUAACGGGCCAAUUUGGUGGUGUAAUGCUAAUUGCAAGUGGACAGGAUAUGCCAAAUACAAAUGAGUUAUCCAUCAUAUCAGACAGAAAUGCGAGCAUAAAGAAAGCGAUUGCUACAGUUUACGAUCAAGCUCAUCACGGAGUAUGUACCAGGCACCUUGGGGAAAAUAUUCAUACAAAAUUCCAUGCUGGUUCUUCAAUCCUUGGUCUAUACUAUGACGCAUCAAAUGCGUAUCGAGUUGAAGAGUUCAAUGAGUAUUUAGAAGAAAUUCGACGCAAAGGUUAUGGUAAUGUUGUUGAAUACCUCAAGAAUGAUGUUGGUUUCAAAUGGUGGAGUAGAGUUCAUUUUCCAGGAAGAAGGUAUGAUGUCAUGACAUUCAAUAUUGCAGAGUCUGUGAAUGCCAGACUUGACGCAAGAGUUAACAUCAACGGCAAAACAUGCUCAUGUAAAGUGUGGGAUCUUCAGCAAUUGCCUUGUGCCCACGCAUUGGCAGCACUCAAAGCUCAGCGAUUACCAGACUAUAGUGAGAGAGUUUACAAUCUAUGUUCACCAUAUUAUUCUGCAGAAUUCCAUCGGUUGGCUUAUUGA